AUGCACAACCUUCCAAACCUGCUCAUCAGGGUUCCACCAGCUCCCAAACCUGCCCACAAGGACUCCAGCAGCUCCCAAUCCCGCCCACAAGGACUCCAGCAGCUCCCAAACCUGCCCACAAGGACUCCAGCAGCUCCCAAACCUGCCCACAAGGACUCCAGCAGCUCCCAAACCUGUUCACAAGGACUCCAGCAGCUCCCAAACCUGUUCACAAGGACUCCAGCAGCUCCCAAUCCCGCCCACAAGGACUCCAGCAGCUCCCAAACCCGCCCACAAGGACUCCAGCAGCUCCCAAACCCGCCCACAAGGACUCCAGCAGCUCCCAAACCCGCCCACAAGGACUCCAGCAGCUCCCAAACCCGCCCACAAGGACUCCAGCAGCUCCCAAACCCGCCCACAAGGACUCCAGCAGCUCCCAAACCCGCCCACAAGGACUCCAGCAGCUCCCAAACCCGCCCACAAGGACUCCAGCAGCUCCCAAACCCGCCCACAAGGACUCCAGCAGCUCCCAAACCCGCCCACAAGGACUCCAGCAGCUCCCAAACCUGUUCACAAGGACUCCAGCAGCUCCCAAACCUGUUCACAAGGACUCCAGCAGCUCCCAAUCCCGCCCACAAGGACUCCAGCAGCUCCCAAUCCCGCCCACAAGGACUCCAGCAGCUCCCAAACCCGCCCACAAGGACUCCAGCAGCUCCCAAACCCACCCACAAGGACUCCAGCAGCUCCCAAACCCGCCCACAAGGACUCCAGCAGCUCCCAAACCCGCCCACAAGGACUCCAGCAGCUCCCAAACCCGCCCACAAGGACUCCAGCAGCUCCCAAACCCGCCCACAAGGACUCCAGCAGCUCCCAAACCCGCCCACAAGGACUCCAGCAGCUCCCAAACCUGUUCACAAGGACUCCAGCAGCUCCCAAACCUGUUCACAAGGACUCCAGCAGCUCCCAAUCCCGCCCACAAGGACUCCAGCAGCUCCCAAUCCCGCCCACAAGGACUCCAGCAGCUCCCAAACCCGCCCACAAGGACUCCAGCAGCUCCCAAACCCACCCACAAGGACUCCAGCAGCUCCCAAACCCGCCCACAAGGACUCCAGCAGCUCCCAAACCCGCCCACAAGGACUCCAGCAGCUCCCAAACCUGCCAUUAUGA